UUGGUAAUUCUGCAACAGACCCGUCGUGCGUUCUGGACCCGUAGUUGCAUAAUCAAAGCCCAAAAAUUGUUGAAAUUUGGAUAUUUAAUAGUUUUAAAAGCACGAAUCACGAAAAUGCAAGCUCCACGAGUUCUUCGUAGUCUGGUUGCGAGAAAUCUUGGAAAACGGGGCGUUCAUUACGACAGCCACCAUGUCACCACAACAAUUAAUGACCUACCAAGCCCUCAAGGAAACUGGAAGACCCACUAUGAUGCAAAACAACGGAAAUAUAAUGCGCAGUUAGCUGUUGGAAUUGGAGCAGUUGUUGGAACGCUCAUUUUCGGUAAGGCUGCUGGUUUGUUGGAAUUUUACGAUGAUAUCCCCGACCGUCCAGCGGAUAUCCCAUCGUACAAGUAAUUUCCUUUUAGUUGAAUGUGUCUAGUGGCGAAUCUCUAUAGAUAAUAAAUUGUUGUAAUUAUGA